CACAAAGCAUGUCACUUCGAAGCUCGAAGGAAGAUGACUAACCACUCGUAUGCUAACAAGAAGCGCUGCCCUGGACUGGUUUUCAUGAUGAAAUCAUCUGCAAGCCCAAACUGCCGUCAAAAAUGCCUUUGCACUUGCCUGUGCAAUCAGAGCUUAGCUGCAUAUAAACAGCGUCCGUCUGGAUGUCCCGUUAGACAGCGGAAAACUCGUGGGGACUUCAGACGAAAGAUACCGGGUGAAAUAUCCCGGGACACCUGGUGCGCUCAGCGUACCCUACAAUUGCAAACAUACGUCAGACACCCGUCAACAUUUGAAGUUUGCAGGGAAAAAAAAGCUGAAAAGUGUGCACACAACAAGCAGAAGUGUUCAACUGAUUUGAACAUUUUUGGUUUUCUUGUUUCAGCCAGUCCUUAUUUUUCUUGUCCAAAAAGGACGCAACGUACUUUGCUGAAGAAUGCCAAGGCCACGACGCUCACAUUACAGGCGAAGGCGGACAGGCAACACUGUCCCGCAGAGCAAACCUGAGGACUAUGAGUUGAAGGCAGCGGAUGAAGUUAGGCUUUUCACCGAGGAUGUGAUGGCCGAUCUGCCUACUCUCUUCACCUCGGAGGUAUCCUUCGAGAAGCAUUUCAAUGCCCAGGAGAAGGACCGCACCAAGUACAUUGCCACCUUGCUGGUGCUCCAAAAGACUGGAACUGAGGUCCUGCAAAGUGCCAAGGCUCGCGCCCUGGCUGCAGCCUGGGCCCGAAAGGACCAUGACCUGGCCGACUGCCUGCUGGCCCAGCGCAAGGCGUUCGGCCUGGUGGAGGUGCUGAAGGCCGCCACCCUGCUGGACUCUGGCCGCAAGAUGCGGGAGUGGGAGAAGAAACUAAAACGGCUUCAGAUGCAGCCCAAGUACAAGGCGCAGAAGGUGGCCAAGAUGAAGACAACCAUCCACAACCUCAGCGCCAUCAAGCCCUCGGUUGGGUCUUUGAGUGGAGCCGUCUGCCGCCACAUCCAUCGUUGGGUGAGGACCAUCCCGCCCCAGGACCUUGAGUUCUAUGCCCUGCACUUUCCACAAGAACCCUGGAAGAAACUAGCUGACUUGGUGCAUUUCAAUCCUAAGACGGACUUUCAGGUACCCUGGUUCCUUCCCUAUUGCUACGGUGCGCCAGCUCCCGAGGACUCUAUCGUGGCCAAGUGCAAAGACCUGGACGAUGAGAAAGCCAACCAGCUGAUUGCCUCCGUGGACAUCCCCUAUACAUUCUUCAAGUCCCACAAGAUCAAACUGACCAACGAGUCGAAAGAGCGCAUCGCCAAAGCGGAGAAACACCUGACUGCCCUCCUGUGGAACUAUGAGGACUUGACUUGUCCUGAGGUGGAUCGCGUCAUCGCAGAGCGGCUGAGGGCUGGCGAGGUCAUUGACCUCCCGUACGGGAAGCUCAUGGAACGUCUACUGGUCAUCAAGGAGCUGCGAACCCGUGAUGCCGCCAAGAAGGAGGAGACAACAGAGCUGUUUGAACGACUCAUCUCGAUGGCCGAGAAAAUACUGAAACAGACUAAAUUGACAGUCGACUCACCAGUGGCCGUGAUUGGUGACCGGUCACCCUCCAUGGGCACGGCCAUCAAGACCAGCACCAUCAUCGCCAGUCUGCUGACCGCCAUCGCCAAGGCCGAACUCUCCUUCUUCAGCAACCGCAACACCGUGCCAGACAAAAUUCCCCAGACCAUCGAGGAGGUUCUCCAUUUGGCUUCGACGCUGAACACUGAGGGCAGCACCGUGCCUGCAGCCAGUCUCCUGCCGUACUACGAGGAGAAGAAGGUCAUCAAGACAUUCAUCAUGGUCACGGACGAGGAAGAGAACGGCACCGUCAGAGUGAAUGGCGGAUUCCUCUACUUCCACACUCUUUUCAAGAAGUACUACGAGGAGGUCUACCCGGCCAAGCUAGUCUUCGUCUCUUUCCUGAACAGCCAGAAUGCAACCGGCCACAUGGUCCGCCUGCUGGAGUCGCUGGACUUCCACCCGCUGCAGUUCAAGCUAUCCCACCACCGGCCCGACCUGGUCAAGGUGGGUAACCUCCUGGGCAAACUGACCAAGGAGACGGCCGGCUUCGCCGACGAGGUAGGGGCCAUGGAGGAGGAGAUCCGGGCAGACGGGCUGAGGAAAGCCAUGGAGAACAUCAAGCUGUAAAGAUAGGGACUGCAGAGAGGACCCGGGGGUACAAGACUUCAUGCAAGGGCGCCCUCUAGCAGUCAACUGUCACAGUCAAAUGCACAGAUUUAUGCAUGCUCAGCUCUCACCAGUUUUUUCCAGAGUUUUUUUGUUCAAGUUCAAGAUUUAUGACUACGGAGUUUUGUUCCGUGACAGCUUGUUUAUUCAAGAUGCAGGAUUGGAAACCUAUAGAAAUGCACGCACAUCCCAACGGAAAAAAAUCUCAAAUGCAAGCAGUGAUCGGUCUUACUGCCUGCUAUCCAGGGAUGCCGUGCGGUAAUUCAUGACCCAAAAUUAAUGCCGUUUCCACAGUUUGUUUCGCGCAUAUUCCAAUAGAGGGCGCAUUUCAUUUUGAUCGCACAAAGAUAAUGAUUAUGAAGACUGCAUUUGUUUAAAUUGUUUCUGCUCAGUGACACUUGCCAAGUUGGAAAUAGUUGUUCCAGUCAGAGUUGAAAUGUUUAUUAAAAGUUCUUCUGAUAAAACUGAAUCAAAGUGGAAUAAUGUACGAGUACAGUCAUAGUUGAUUUGGUAAGGGACGUGGGCAAUUCGGGUUUGCAUAUAUAAACCUUCUACAAAAUUCUGUACAGUGUAGUAGGAUAUCUUUGUCAAGGCAAUACUGUUGAAUUCUUUUUCUGGAAUAUAAGUUUGAGGUAGUGAAAUGUCGUAAAACCAACAGUAAUUUAAGUGAUACCAAUAGUUUGGGAUUGGGCUUUCUAUCUUGUGUAUUUUAAGUCAGAACUGCAUGUUUGUAAGUCCCAAUGGUGUAUAAAAAAGUGCAAAAGUUGACUACAAAAAGUUAAAACUGAUACAAAAGUAGAACAAAGUAAGAUUUACUUUGUAAAUUACUUAUUUUUAAUGGCAAUUAUACCAAGAUGUAUGAUUUGGUUAUUUUUUAUAUUCAGUAAAACAUUAGCCAGAAUUUGAGUUUUUCCGUACCCCACCAAAGUGCUUCUGUAAAUGUGUUCCAUGGACUAAGAGGUGUCUUUCAAGUUUCACACAAGGAUAAUUUUUAGCACGACUGAAAUGAAUAACUUCUCAAGGGUCAGCCUGCCAUUUUAAAUUUUGGACAGUUUCAUUUUUCCUCCAAAAUGCUUGUAAGCAUCUAGAAAUGUGGUCCAAGGGACUAACAGCUGUCUUGUAUGCAAAUUUUAAGUAAAAUUAUAAGCAAAAAUUCUCAUUAAGAAUUAAAUAAAUUUGCAAGGGGUUAGUCUUGCAUUUUAAUUAAAUUUGA